CAUAAUGUAAAGUCGAUGAGACGUCGUUGUUUUCUUAAAACUAAUGACGAAUAUUUAAGUGAGUUUUAAUAGUUUCUCGACUUUAUUCCGAGAAAAAACGCUAAAUUCAAUCUACAAACACGGUGUAAAAUGGCGAACCUCAAAUCGGAUUUGGAUCAAUAUUUGCUACAGAACGAGAAUCGUCGAAGUUAUAAAAUCAGUUUACCGUUCUCAACUCCUAGUUUUUUCUCUAGAAGCAAUGAGGAAACCCCCACUAGCACCAGCUCAACCGGAACUUGGUUUGAGAACGUUCAAAAAGAAUAUUUUACCUUGACUCGAACUCAAAGGUUCAUGGGAUUUGGCAUAUGCUUGUCAUUAGGAAUACUCUGCUUCAUAUUAUCAUUCUUGUAUAUACCAUUCCUACUGCUACAAGCCAGGAAGUUUGCCCUUUUGUUUACUUUGGGAAGUGUCUUCUUCAUAUUCAGCUUUAGUUUCCUCUACGGUCCGUGGGCACACAUGAAGUCCCUGUUCUCAAAGGAGCGUGCGGUUACCACAGUACUGUACGGCUUCACUCUCGUUGCAACACUAUACUGUGCGCUCCACUUGCAGAGCACAGCGCUGACCAUCAUCUGUGCAGUUGCACAAGUACUUGCACUUAUGUGGAUGAUGUUGGGAUCGAUACCCGGCGGAUCGUCUGGCGCUCGGGUCAUUGGAAGCAUGUUCAAGUCCUCAGUGUCGAACACUUUGCCUAUAUAACACAUAAUCAAACACAUUGUUUAAUGUGUACUCCCUUUUACUAUAUUUAAGAGCCUUUACACACGACAAUAUUUCCGCGCGCGGUUCAGUCGCCAUAGGUGCAGUUGGCUGCAUUAUUGAAUUGCAAGUUCACGGAAGCGCGCUAGGAGGGGGUUGGCAGUUUAUCAGAUGAUGUCUAUAAGGCUUCAUAAUAAUUAUAAUAAUCUCUUUAUCGCUUUCAUCAUUGCUAGACACAGAAAAGUACAGUAUCCUAAAUAAAUCCACUUUUACACUUACGAAUAUAGCUAACACUGGCGCAAAUGGCCGCAAGCUCAGCCUCUGUUAUUUAGCCGCACCGGCCCGUUGCGCCUUUGUAUUUAUUUAUUAUUCAUGGACUUGUCACCAUCUGGAAACACCAAAAUGUCGUCAUGUGGAAAUGCCUUAAGGUUAUUGUAUAUUUUCUUAUGUUUAAUAUUUAGUCUUAAAAUUUAUCCUUUUAAUUAUUGGAAGUAAUAUGUAAGAAAUUAUACAGGGUGAAUUUGUUGGACAGAUAUCGUAUGUAAAACUAUGUAAUCAAAAACAAUCAAUCAAAGUUGGUUAUUUUUAUAUCUGUCUGAAAUCUAUGUAAGGUCCAGUAAACGUAUGUGAAAUUCCUAUUUGCUAAAUAUUCGUUAGCGGCACAUAGGUACCGUAUUUGGGCAUUUGGAACAUUCAGAUGAUUUUCCAUGAUAUUGACAGAUCAGAGUUACUUCAAAAUCACCCUGUAUAGCAUACAUCACAUAGCUGGAAGGUAAAAAGUUUUAUCGGAGCACAGCUGUUGUAGGAAAAUUAUUAUGUACAUAAAAUAACUUUUAAAUGAAACAUGAUUUUAUUCUGCUGUCUAAAUUAUUGUGGUUUACACCACAAACUAUUUCAUUGUUUCCGAUUUUUUUUCGGGAAGCCCAUUUUUUAGGUUUAAGUAUAUUCUUUUGGUGAAAAUACAGAAAUGAAAAAACAUAAAACUCUUAAUAACCGUUUAAAAAUUACUUGGAACUACUUACCUCUCAGCUGCCCAUACGCUCAAUCGCACAUUUUGCUUAAAUAAUUUAAAUGGUAUAUUUAAUUUUGCUUUAAUUGUAAUGGUAGCUUGUCAUACUUUUUAUCGAAAAUACUGAUUAAAAAUGGGACACAAUUUUAUGUAGACUGAUGGAAUGUUAACAGAAUGGAGAAUAUCGUAAACAAAGAUAUAAUUAUUUAAUUUACUAAAAUAGACCAAAAUUUUUAUGCCUAUCUUACUAAAAUAAAUUUUUAAAUACCGUAUAAUGUUGCUGAAGCGCGUAAAGAUGCAGCGUUUGCUACAUGGGCUCAAGGCCGCAGCCAAAACGCUCCGGACAUUGGUUCCAAUAACAGAGCCUUCUACUUAGCCGCAAAGUCCUUCCAGAAGAUCCGAAGUCCGUAUUGUGGCCAAAUUAUCGUCCUACCCCCGCAGCAUUUUGGUCUCUAUCGAAGUCGGUUGAAGCGAACUGGCCGUCCUUCACUAGCACCACUGCUGAGAUCAGAUGGAUCCCUGGCUUCACCUCCAACUGACAAGGCUAAUUUCUUAGCGACACUGUUUGCAGCUUGUGAGACAGCUGAAUGCAUGAAGCGCAUCACCACCAACACUUCCAUCUUGCGCCUCUGUCUUGCCAUAGAUGCACAUCCGCCAAUCUGAGGGCUUAAGGAUCCGCAAUUUAGAUGUGAAUAAAGCCAGUGGACCUGACGGCACCAGCAGCUGUUCUGAAAACCUGUGCUUCUGAGUUGUCUCCUGUAUUACCACGCUUGCUCUGCCCCUCUCUUAAAACCGCUUUAGUAUUUAACAGUUUUUUCAGUACGAAAUGUAACGCUGAGGUUACGUUAAUCUAUCUUCUGUUCAGUCAUGCACUCUUGACAGAGAGUCGUGGCUGCCGAGAAGAAAUACAUGGCGUUAGGGUUCACUGGAUCGCACGGCUUCCAGCGCGAGUUUCUCCACUUUUGGCGGUCGUUAGUGUUGCGGGAGCAUUUUACCACAGUUGCCCGGGUCAACAAUUUUACCGUAUUAGAGCGCCAAAUAACUGAGUUUGCGCUCGUCGUUUCUGUCGCUUGCUGCACAUACCUUUUAUUCAGGCAACAAGCAAGUUUCGCUUUUUCACUCUUUGUUUGCUACUCAUAUAGAAACAUGUUUAGAUGCAACUUUUCUAACCUAUUUUUUGUUUGCCUAUAUUCAUCAGCUGGGCAAGAAGGUUAUCGCUGUAGAUAGUAGUAGGUAAUACUCAGUAGUACAGAGAGGACGCUGAUGCCCGUUCGCUGUCAAACUCUCUAAGUGGGCUCGUACGACACACGCAGAAAGAGCAGAUGGUGACAACUGUAAUCUUUUCUAUUCUGCCGUCGCCACACGCCAGUAAAUAAAUAAAUACAAUAUCACUUCAACUAUUGAGGUGUAUCUAUAUAUUUAUUGCAGUUCUUUUUUAGUUCUUAUGUAAGUAUGCGGUAAGCCAAAAAUUAUGGUAUUCUCCAUUAUAACUUUAAACUUUUUAAUGUAUUAUCUAAGUUCUUAAACAAACAAUACUAAAAAAACUUCUUAAAUUAUUUAUUAAACUGAAAUUGCCGCUAUGUCUAGUUAGGUGUAAUAUAAUGAAAAGUUGAUGAAAGUAAA